AUGAUCAUCUCGCAUCACCAGCCAAACCCGAGUCCGGAGAUAUUCUACAGCACUCCCCUACCAAGCGCCAACUCUGUGCCCGCUCUCGCUGCUCCCAGUCAGCCUCCCGAACCCGCGCAGUUCGUGCAACCGCCUCCCAGCCCGCAGCCCGCUCAGGACGAGCAACCAAAGCCGGCGGACUAUGUGUACUACCAGCGGCGACCCGAUGACUUGUCUUCUGAGGCACGAGCGCGUGCGACAGCCGCGAAAGUGAAGCUCGAGUCGUUCUACAAGUCCUCGCUCGAGACGACCAUCGACCUGAAUGUGCAAGGGCACGACCUCGAACGGCGGCUCGUCGGCCUGCCCGAAGACCGUGCGGCGAGGGAGGCGCGCAAGCACACCAAGACGCAGAGCCAGUUCCUGCGUUUGCGGCGGACGAAGAUUGGGUUAGGAGACUUCAGGACGGUGAAAGUGAUUGGGAAGGGUGCGUUCGGCGAGGUCAGGCUGGUCCAGAAGAUUGAUACGGGGAGGGUGUACGCCAUGAAGACGCUGCAGAAGGCUGAGAUGUUCCGACGAGAUCAGUUGGCGCAUGUGCGCGCAGAACGCGAUGUUCUGGCAGAAUCUACGUCGCCAUGGGUCGUGCAGCUGUACUACUCGUUCCAGGACCCGUUGUAUCUGUACCUCAUCAUGGAGUUUCUACCCGGUGGAGACUUGAUGACUAUGCUCAUGAAGUACGACGUCUUCUCGGAGGAGGUCACGCGCUUCUAUAUGGCAGAGUGUGCACUUGCUAUCGACGCAGUACACAAGCUUGGCUACAUUCACCGAGACAUUAAACCGGACAACAUCCUCAUAGACAAGACCGGACAUAUCAAGCUAUCCGACUUUGGUCUUGCUACGGGUCUUCACAAAGCUACCGACGCCGCAUACUACAAGCGCCUCGUCGAGCAGCAACACACCCCGCAACACCAAACUCGCAAUUCCGUCGAGGUGAACGCCAUCCAGCUCACCAUGACCCGCGCGGACACCAUAGCGACCUGGAAGAAGAACCGGCGGAAGCUCGCCUACUCCACUGUCGGCACGCCCGACUACAUUGCCCCCGAGGUCUUCAUGAUGCACGGGUACGGCAAGGAAUGCGACUGGUGGUCGCUCGGCGCCAUCAUGUUCGAGUGCGUGGUGGGGUACCCGCCAUUUUGCUCGGAGAACGCGAGCGAUACGUACAAGAAGAUCAUAGCGUGGCCGCAACACCUCAACUUCCCCGAGGAGGUGCAUCUGUCGCGCGAGGCGGAGUCGUUGAUGCGCAGGUUGAUGACGUGGGGAGACCAGCGCGCGGGCGUGGAUGAGAUACUGAAGCAUCCGUUCUUUGAGACUGUUAAUUGGGAGACGAUCAGGUCGAUGCAGGCGCCGAGGCAACCCCAGCUGACGAGUAUCACCGAUACAUCGUACUUCCCCGUCGAGGAGUAUGCGGACGUGCCGGAGACUCCUGCGGGCGUCGAGGCGCUCGACGCCGACAAGGAUCUUGCGUUCCUCGGAUUCACAUUCAAACGCUUCACCGGCGUGCAAUCCGCUCUCUAA